AUGUCCCUGUUCCGCCCUUCCGUGCCCAGAAUUCCCCGAGAUGAGGCAUCAAGCCCUGGCGAGAAAUGCGAGCAAUGUGGCAAAGGCGAUGAGAGCAGCCCCCUGAUUGUCUGCGAGUCUUGCGACCACGCUUAUCACGGCACCUGUCUCGAUCCCCCGUUGAAGCACAAGCCUGAAUCCGAAUGGAACUGCCCGAGAUGUCUUGUCGGCGACGGUCAGUAUGGUUUCGAGGAAGGUGGUCUCUACUCCCUGAAGCAGUUCCAGCAGAAGGCCGCGGACUUCAAGCAGGGCUACUUCGAGAAGAAGAUGCCGUUCGACCCGGUCCUCAACUGCCAUCGCCCAGUCACUGAGGAAGACGUUGAGACGGAGUUCUGGCGCCUUGUCGCCGAUAUUGAAGAGACGGUUGAAGUCGAGUACGGUGCUGACAUUCAUUGCACCACUCACGGGUCCGGCUUUCCGACGGUUGAGAGACACCCUAACAAUCACUACUCCACCGAUCCCUGGAAUCUCAACCUGCUGCCUCUGCAUCCCGAGAGUCUGUUCAGACACAUCAAGUCCGACAUCUCUGGUAUGACUGUACCGUGGGUGUAUGUUGGCAUGAUUUUCUCCACCUUUUGCUGGCACAACGAGGACCACUACGCCUACUCUGCCAACUACCAGCAUUUUGGCGCGACCAAGACGUGGUACGGUAUCCCGGGCGAGGACGCUGAGAAAUUCGAGGCUGCGAUGCGAGAGGCUGUCCCCGAGCUGUUUGAAACGCAGCCGGACCUUCUCUUCCAGCUGGUUACUCUCUUGACACCGGAGCAGUUGAAGAAGGCCGGUGUUCGAGUGUAUGCCCUCGACCAGCGUGCAGGCCAGUUUGUCAUCACUUUCCCGCAAGCGUACCACGCCGGCUUCAACCAUGGAUUCAACUUUAACGAAGCCGUGAACUUUGCCCCGUGCGACUGGGAGCCUUUUGGUCUCUCGGGCGUGGAGAGGCUGCAGGUUUUCCGCAGACAACCCUGCUUCUCGCAUGACGAGCUGCUUUGGACAGCUGCCGAGGGCACAACGAACAUCGGGCUCACGAUCCAGACAGCUAAGUGGCUCGCCCCGGCACUUGAUCGAAUCAAGAAACGCGAGUCAGCGCAUCGAGCCGAUUUCGUGGCGAAGCAUCUCGAGUCACAGUGGCACGACUGCGGUCUGGCCGGCAAGGAAGGCACCGCUUGUCCCCUGAAGUUCGAGAUCGACGACACCGACGUCCCCGAAGAGGAAUACCAGUGCUCCUACUGCAAAGCCUUUACCUACUUGUCUAGGUUCAAGUGCCUCAAGUCGGGCAAGGUUCUGUGCCUUGCACAUGCAGGCCACCAGCCAUGCUGCGACAUGCCCGAGCAGCAACGGCUGAACGGCGAUGGCCACGCCGUUAUCUACAGACAAUCCGAAGAAGACAUCGAAGCAACCUAUGAAAAGGUCCUCGAAAAGGCGCGCACGCCAGAGGCCUGGGAAGAGAAGUACGAGAAGCUUCUGGAAGAAGAGGCCACGCCUUCUCUUAAGACUCUUCGGAAUCUCCUACACGAGGGUGAGAAAAUACCCCAUGACCUGCCCUCGCUCCCUUUGCUUCGGGAAUUUGUCGAACGGUGCAACGACUGGGUGGAAGAGGCCACCAACUACACGAUUAGGAAGCAGCAGAACAGGCGCAAGAGCGAGAAGUCCAUCCUGAACCGAAAGAACUUGCUGGACCAAAAGGAACGCGAUGCGCGCAAUGUUUCCAACGUGUACCGUCUUCUCAGCGAGGCUGAGCAAAUCGGAUUCGAUUGCCCUGAAAUCACCCAGCUGAGGGAGCGGGCUGAGGCUAUCGAAGCCUUCCAGAAGAAUGCAGCUAAAGCGCUGGAACAGAUCCACCUCGCCGAGCUCUCCGAAAUCGAAGACCUACUUGAGGAGGGCCGGACUUUCAACGUCGAUAUGCCGGAGGUCGACCGCCUCUCGCGAGUUCUCGAGCAACUCAAGUGGAACGAAAAGGCCAGGAACAACAGAGGCGUCCUCCUCUCACUCAACGAAGUGCGCGAGCUCAUCGAAGAGGGAAAGCGCCUAGACAUUCCCCCAUACAACGACCACCUGUCCUACUACAUCGAUCAGAUGAACCUCGGUCAGCAGUGGGAGAAGAAGGCCCGAGAGUUGAUUGUCGCCGAAGUCGUCCACUACCCUCAGUUGGAGGCGUUAUCGAUGCAGGUCACCGCCAACUUCCUACCCGUCUCGGCAGAUACCUUGGCUGCUGUGGACCAGAUCCUCUACAAGCAAAGAGAGGCCCACCGCCAGAUUGUGGACUUGACCGAAAGAUCGCGCGACCCCGACAUCCGGAACAGACCUAAGUACGCAGAGGUCGCCGAGAUCAUGCGCCGACUCGACGACUUGAACUCGAAGCCCAAUGGCACGCUGGACCUAGAGCGUGAGCAGAAACGGCACGAGGAUUGGAUGCGAGAAGGCAAGAAGCUAUUCGGCAAAACCAACGCGCCUCUCCAUAUCCUCAAGAGUCACAUGGAUUACGUCUUCGAGCGGAACCAAGACUGUUUCGACAUCGUCAACGACAAGCCUCGCAUGCCCGCCGAACCCGCGUCGAGAGAAGCCAGCCCGGAUCAAAAGGUACACCGGUGGGAAGAUCCCCGAUUCCGCGAAGUGUUCUGCAUCUGCCGAAAGGUGGAGGCUGGCAUGAUGAUUGAGUGCGAGCUCUGUCAUGAAUGGCGCACAAGGUACCACGGCAAGUGUCUCAAGAUUGCCCGUGGGAAGGUCAAGGACGAGGACAAGUAUACAUGCCCGAUAUGUGACUGGCGUGUCAAGAUUCCUCGAGAUGCCGCCCGACCAAAGCUCGAAGAGCUCAUCACUUGGUCCGAGAAGAUUCCAAGCCUGCCUUUCCAGCCCGAAGAAGAGGAGGUUUUAACAAAGAUCAUCGACAACGCCCAAGACUUCCGGAAUCACAUCGCCGGAUACUGCAACCCUCUCAUGUCUACGGAGUCCGAGGCGGACACGCAGCGGUUUUAUCUGCGCAAGAUUGAGGGAGCUGAGAUCCUGCUUGCCUACGAAACAAACUUCUUCAGACAAGAAUUGCACAAGUGGUGUCCUGUGGCACCCAACGCACCCCCAGUCCUCGAGGUCUCCAAGAGUACACGCAAGCCACGACCGACCAAGCUCCAGAAGCUUCUGGCCCACAACCACGACCCAAUGGAUAUCGAUAACGGCCCGACGCUUCAUCCGGGCCUGUUCAUGUCCAACGGGGCACCGGGCCCGCAGCUCGUUGUUGGUAACUCGUCGCUGUCUCUUGAAGAACGUUUGCUCCAAGGCCAGGAAGAUGGGCUUAACCUGCACACCGAGGCUGGGAAGAGUAAGGCUCUCGAGAUACUGCGUCGGACCGAGGUUGGCCGGAAGCGAGCGGUGGAGAUGUUCGGCCCCGACGUGUUCAAGGGCGAUGUUGGGAUGCUCAACGGCAGAGACGAUGUGCCUCGGUCCCAAGAAGAAGAGCGAGCAGUGAACAAAAUGUUCGACGACCUCACGAAUCAAGACGACGACGACGUCAAGAGAAAGCAGGAGUCUUUUGAUGGCCCCAUUACGGCGGAGAGUCUCGAGAGUGAGCGAAACGGCAUGGAUGCCCUGCUUGACGGCGAUUAG